UUCAUAUUUUUUACCAUGCCCAAUGGCGUUCUGUGACAAAAAUGUCUAAUCGACAGCAAAGUGACAGGGGUCAUAGUGGCCCCCCUCAUGACAGUUCAUCACCGUACAAGAGGGCACCCCCCCAGACGUCUCCCAAUGCAGUGUUGCGACCAGGACCACCCUUCUAUCAGGACCCCAGGUUUGGAAUGGCUGUUGCAGCUGCCGGGCCAUAUGCCAGCAUGUAUUCCAGCCAGUUUCAACAGCCAAGCCAUGUGGACCACAGCCAGGAUGUGAGGGAGCAGUUUACUAGAGACCGGCUGCAGGUUGGAACAUCAGCAGCCAGGGAUGCUGAGCUGUAUCCCUAUCAUCGACAGCGACGACCACAGCUGUUAGAAAGUCACCACCCUGGUGUGGAUAGAUCAAGACAAGAACCCCCACUGUCGGCCUAUGGUCAGCACUACCACCAGGAGAGCAUGGGUAACCUGCAGCCUGCACCAACCUCGGCGCUCCAGGGAGGGGUAGGCACUGGGCCCCAGCCCCCUAAACGGCCACGUAUUGCAGCAGAGCGCCCUGACCUCACAAAGCCUCUCACUAUUGAUGUCACCCAGGCAGAGACCAAAAGGGAGCCCGCGUACAACCCCCAAGUGGAGGCCAUAUCUCCCACUCUACCGCCUGAGGAGACCCAGAAGGUACAGAAGGUGAAGGAUGAGCUGCUGCAGAACAUCAGUCGUAUAGAUAAGGACAUCAAUCUGGUGGAGCAGCAGAUUGCCAUGAAGCAGAAGAAGAGACAGCAACAAGAGGAAGCGGCCAGCAAACAGAAUGAAGAAGUAGAGUCUGAUGAGGCCCCAGAGACCACAAUCGAUACGAAGAAUCAGAGCAUUGCACAGAUCAUUUAUGCUGAAAACAGGAGGAAAGCUGCUGAGGCUCAUAACAUAUUGUCGAAAAUGGGACCCAAGGUUGAUGUGCCCCUGUACAACCAGCCAAAAGAUACGCCAAUAUACCAUGAAAAUAAGAGAAAGUUUGCUCUGUUCAAGCCAAGACUGAUUGCUCAUUUCAAGAAGCGACAUCAGGCUAGAAAACAAUGGGAAAAGCGCCUGAGUGAGACUUACAACAGACUCAUGCAGGCCUGGCAGAAGAAAGUCGAGAAAUGGGAAAAUAGCCCCAAACACAAGGCCAAAGAGGCCAAGUUUCAAGAAAUCUUUGAGAAGGUAUUUCCCGAAUUGAAGAAAGCCAGAGAUGAGAAAGACAGACUCAGCAGGACAGGAAAUCGUGCAGGUGGAACACAAUUAUUUGCUCGUAGUGAGGCAGAGUUUGAACAGAUUGUGGAUGGCAUAACUGAACAAGAGGAAGAGGAUCGUAAGAUGCGCACCCUGGCCGUGGUGCCCCCAAUGAUGUUGGAUGCCAGACAGAGGAGGCUCAAGUUCAUCAACAAGAAUGGGCUUAUCAGUGAUUGCAUGGAGGAAUACAAAGAGAGGAAAUACUUCAAUGUAUGGACAGCACAAGAAAAACAAAUCUUCAAAGAAAAGUACUUGCAGCAUCCAAAGAAUUUUGGGCUGAUAGCAUCUUUUCUUGAGAAAAAGAGCACACAGGACUGUGUGGAGUACUACUACCGCUCAAAGAAGAGUGAGAACUACAAGCAGAUGUUGAAACGCCAGUCCACCAAGAAAAAGAGGCAGCAGCAGAAGCCAAUGCUCCAGCAGACCAAGGAGGAGCGCUCUGUGGAUGUGAUGCCGUCCACUUCGGGGGAGGUCUCCACCACCCAGCCAACGUCUGCCUCCAUGGACGAGUCGGCCAAUGUAGUAACCUCCACGGCCUGUGAGGGGUCUGGCAAGAGAGGUGAUGUUGCCAUGGUGACAGUAAAGGAGGAGGAAGACAAAGAAGUGGACGAGUCUUCAGAUGACGACUCUAAAGGAGUUGAGGGAGAAGGUGGUGUACACCAGUGUACCAUCUGUAAGACUCAGCUGGAGCACUAUGGUCUUAGCAGGCCCCUGACCACCAAGAACUGCGAGCUCUACGGGGUACUGCAGACAGACCUAACCUCCGACAUGCGCCUGUGCACCUCGUGCUGGGUCAAGUCUGUCAAGAAGAAACACUCACAGUGCCCAGUGCCCACAUGUAAGACCCCUAGAAGAAAGGUCAAAAGGUUGAGGCCGAUGCCAGCCAAGUGGACUGAUAUGCCUGCAAGUCAGAAAGAGCCCAUUAUGAAGGACCUGCAGCUGACAGAAAACAUCACAAAGUGUUGUUCCACCUGCUUCAAUCGCAUCGCCCGGCGACUGGGCUCCCCACCGCAGCCUGAGCCCAUUGUGCCCAGCUCCUCAGAACCCACCCCUGCACCGCUACCUGUGGAAAUCCAGCCUCCAAUUGACCCAGAUAAAUGGACAGAUGAAGAGAUUGAGUUGGCCAAGAAAGGUUUAGAAGAGCAUGGUAGAGACUUUGCAGCCAUUGCCAGCCUUGUGAACACCAAGACAGAGACCCAGUGCCGCAUCUUCUAUGAGCAGAACAAGAAGAACUACAAUCUUGAGGCCAUACAACAGGACAAGCUCUCAAGUAAAUGGGUGCUAAAAGUUCGAGAAGAGGAUCACCGCACGGUUUCCAUCUGUGAAAGUGUGGCCUCCACAGUGACUGCGCCGUCAGACGGGGAACCAGCAUACUCUGACAAUGAAGAGCACCGUGACACAGAUGACAGUGGAACUGCAAGUGCGCCUAGUCCUCGACCUAUAAACCUGGACGACAGGGAUCUUGGCAAGGAUCAGAAACCAGACUCGUCAAUGACCCUCUCCCUGGCAAGUAGCAGUAUGGGCCCCAAGGUAGCCAGCCAGCCACCCAUAAGACUACGCCCUCUAGGGGAGGGUCCAGCACUGGGUCACCUCGACAGCAGCAGCCUUACAGGUCUACGCGUGGCCAGUGCCCAGCAGAGGCUUUUGCUAGGUGAAGGGCUUAGGCCGGCUGUACAACAGACCCUGUACCCUGGCAGCAUAUCACCAUCAUCCCUCCCUUCAGCUCCCAUGAGGACAGGAGACAAUGUACUUCUGAUGAGGCCCAGCAUCACGCAGAUAGGGGCCGUGGGGUUUGGUUUGUUGCCUCGACAGCCAUUCAGCCCUAGCCAGGGUACCGGGAACUCGAGCCAGAGCUACCCCUCCCGACCUGGAUCUCGGACCAGCCCUGCAGUGCAAAGCCAGCAGUCCCAGCAGACGAGACCCAACUCCUGGUCUUCUUGUCAUGAGGUGCCUAUUACCCGGGAAGUGAACUCCAACCAGAUGCAAGACAUGUCCAGCCUGAAGCCACAGGGUCCAGGUCAGCCGAGAAGACCAGCCAGCGCUCAGUCAGAGCCCGGGACUUCCACCCACAGGGCCCUGUCACCUCACAUUGCACAAUAUCCAUUUGGUCUUGACCCAUCACGUGUAAGUACGCCACCCCUGAACAAGAAGAGCCGGUCCGGGUGUGUGAGAGACCUCAUCGACUCGGCCAUUGAGAGGAACCUGAUCCAGGAAGGAACAAGUGUUGUCUACACACAAGAGAGGCCUGAGAUUGGCUACAAUAGUCAGCCCAGCAACCAGCCUAUGGGUGGGGGUCCAGUGGGUCAAGACUUGCGACCUACAGAUUUACGGAGCAAGGACUUACGGCAGCAGACUAUGUCUUACCCAGAACGCCGACCUUCUCCGUACCAGGUUCCCAGUAGAGAUCAGAGGGACAUUCGCGAUGCCAGGGACAUGAGGGGCGAUCCAAGAGACAUGAGAGGCUCUGCAGGGAUGGACCUCUCCAUGCGGCAUUCUGAGAGUGUGGACAAGGGUGGGCAGAGCUACAAAGGGGAUCCUAGGGACUUUGAGCCGCACAGGCAGGCUGACCCCUACAGAGGUCACCCAGAUGACCCCAAGCAGCGACCCCCAAUGGCCAUUGUGACACCCCCGCCUGCUCACAGUGGCAGGUCCCCCUACGCUAUGCAGCCAGGCAGACCAGACAGCACAGAGAAACCACAGAGCUAUGAACAAGAUAGUAGACAGGCUGGCAUGACGAACAGAGCCCCUCCCUCCAGCUCCCCCUACAGUCCUCAUAGUGGUGACCGCCAUGUGCGACCGGGUAUAGGCCUGCCCCCGCCCCUCAUCACCAACCCUCGAAUGGCUGUCUCCCCCCCUCCGGGCUCCAUCACCCAUGGAACACCCAAGGGGGGAAACCUAGGAGGUCCACCACCUGGAGCCCAACAAGGUGUUCGUGGUCCGGCUAGGGGAUCUAUAACACAGGGUACACCUGUAAGAGAGAUGCCAAGGCCUCAAGGAGGUCAGCCGUACGAUGGACGCAUGCAUGACCAGACCCAGAUGCGUGGCAGUGUUCAGCAGCCGUCUCAUUCUCAGAUUGCGUACGAGCAACGUGGCAACGUUCAGCAGCCGCCCCAUUCCCAGAUUGCUUAUGAGCAACGGGUGAUGGAGCAAAUGAGACACCACCCGGCCCCAUAUAUGGGCUACAUGCCGCCAGAACACCCUGGGGCACGCCCAGGGGACUAUAGUUCCAGCAAGCAAACGCUGCAGAGCGACUUCAUACUGGCUCAUGGUGGAAUGAGGUCAUCACCGACAGACAAAGAAGUUAGAAACGAAGGUCGUGACCACAGGGAUCAGACUGUGAGUCCCAGGGCCCCCGAUCACGGCCCUGGUCAGAGCCCUAAGCAGGUGGGGUACACUACAAUGGACUACAGCCCAGGCUACCAGAUGCAGGGCCGCAUGUACAUGACUCCCCCCGGACAGGGCCAGCCUCCUUCAUCAUCCAGAGUGUCCCCAAGGCCCAGCCAGCCCUCACCUAGGGAUGAGAAAUCAGGGGGUGGACCCUGGGCCCAGAGUAUGGGUGGGCGGCCCAGCCCUGGGGCUCAUGUCUCUCAGCACCCCGAUCCUACGGGUCAAUACCCAGGCAAGCCCAGCAUCACCCAGGGCACAGGUCGGCAGUCUGUUAUCACAGAUUCGCGUGGUGAUGACAGGUAUCGGCAGGCAGACAGCUCAGGUACCCACAUGUCCCAGCGCAGUAUCCACCCUGACAGUGCGGUAGCAGCAUACAUGAUGAUGCCCACGGCAACUGGUGAUCACCAGUCUGGCCCGGCUUCUGUAAUGGCUGAGUACCGGCAUCAGCAGCAGCUGCAACAGCAGCAGCAACAGCAGCAGCAGCAACAACAACAACAGCAGGAUAAGCACCAGCAGCAGGCUAUACUGGCUGCAAGGGAGCAGUUUGAACAUGGGAAGAGAGUAGCCCAUGAGAUCAAACAGCAGCAGCAACAACAGCAGCUGCAGCAGCAGCAACAACAGCAGCUGCAGCAGCAACAACAACUGAUUAGUGCCAAGUACCGCUCCCUCAAAGAUGAGAACCCGCAGCCUCUCAUGAAAGAACCCACAGAAUUCCUGAGAGCCUUUGCCCCCGACCAGCCCGCCCCUCAGAAAGUCUCAUCCGGCGACCAAAAGCAGCACACUAUUACAGCCGCAAGCCUUAUUGAUGCCAUAAUAACCACCCAGAUCAAUCAUCCUAAUGAUGAUGUAAGCCCCGGCAGUCAGGGAAAGCUGGGUGGAAAGCUGGAGCCCAGGCCGUCAGUGUCUCAGCCUAGUAAUCUCUAUACAUCACAGCAUUUCUCACCGCAUGGACCAUCAGCUCCAGUUAGUCAGGGUCACAUGCAACCAAAUGCAGCAGGACCAAUUGGACAGCAGCCUGUACCAGGUCAAGGGCAGCCGUUCCAAGGUCAAGGUCACCCGUAUCAUCAAGGUCAGAAACCAGCUCAGGAGAGCAAGUCUCCAACGUCCCAGAUAGCAGGCAAGAAGCGGUGGAUGCAUUCCCCGGUCCCUCCUGCCAUGGUGGAGGGCAGCAGUUACUCCCCCAGGGCCAAGUCUGAGGCAGGUGACAGUGCCCCGCCCUCCCGGCCUAGCAGCCAUGGGUCCGGCAGUGCAUGGUCACAGGUGGUGUUGGGGAAGGCAGGUGCUCUGUCAGAGGGCAUAAAGCAGCAGAUGACGCUUGGUGACCACAUCAACAGCAUCAUCCAGAUGGACUAUGAGAAGGAAAAGGAAACACCCUCCUCCUCUGUCUCAAUCCUCAGUCAGAUCAAUGGAUCCACCCUGCCAGACUCCAGCAAGAGCUCCUCGCAGGGUUCAAGUACCAACUUGGUGUCAAGCAGUUCUAACUUGCUGCAGAUGUCGGGCAGUGAGUCAAGCCCCCAUGCAUGGACUGUAGCCAGUGCCCCAACCAGUGGGCCCGCUGACCAGAGUAAGACGCCACCCGCCUCCUUUCCUGGACCGAAGAAGUUUAAAUGGAGACAGGGUACUGAACAAGCAAGCAGUACUGGCCACCAGCUGGAGCCUUCCGUACAGUCGGCGCCACAGUCCAGUGUGGAGGAGCAUGGAGCAAGGCCACAGGAGCAUGGUCAAAGGUCAUAUGACCUGGGGUCAAGUGCAUGGGGCCAUGACCAGGGUCAAAGGUCGUAUGAGCCUGGGUCAAGGUCACAAGUAAUGGAUUGGCAGAGGCAGAUGAAGCCUGAUCAGUCGCACUCUCCGGGCAUUUCCACUCAGCCUUCCUCCCCACCAGGCCAGGCAGACAGCAGCAGCAUGGCAGGGGCGGGGGGCUCAGAUGACGUGGGGCCAGCCAGCUCUGUGAAGGGGGCCCAGGGCCACAGGGAGGAGAGGCCAGCAGUCCAACAGUCUGUUGGGUCAGUCCCUGGGGAGCUGAUGAGCAUUGCCACGAGGGCUCCACAUGGUGGCAAGUCUCGCACCCAGUCACCAGUGUCCUCACAGCACUACACAGUGAAGGAGCCCCUGCACCGCCUACCACGCUCUGAGUCCAGGCCGACUGGGGGCCCUGUGGUGAGCACAUCGGGAGAGGCGGGGGGAGGAGGGGGCCCUGCGGGGAGGCCCAGACAGGGUGACAUGCUGGCCCUGUCCCCGUCCAGCUCCUCACAGCCUUCCCCAGAUCAGCACGUGCAGGAUGAGGAUCCAGCCAAGGGAGGCAAUAACUACUUGAAGCCGUCUUCACAGGCCCAGUCACCAGUGUCCUCCGCUGGUGAAUCACGGGACCAGGUGCACUCUUCCCAGCAUGCCCAGAGGAAGGGACGCAUCUACCGGCCCCGAUCCCGCCUGGAGCAAGAGGAAUCACCACAGAAACCCGGCACCACUCAGCAAAGGGAGUUAAUCAAACCUUCUCAAAGAGUGUCCCCAUCGGUGUCUGUGCAGGAAUCUGGCAUGGCUUCAUCCUCCAUGAAGAAGGGGCCCAAGUCUGAGUAUGAUUUCCCAGACAGUCCGGACGAUGAAGCGCAGGGCAAGCCUUACAGCAGCUACAUGGCCCUGUCCAGCUGUACACGGAGUCCACGAAGGGGGGUGGUUGAUAGCUCAGAGAACCGUGUGCAGGGAGUGGGCGGGGAGGGAGGAAGAGAUGGUGAUGUGGAAAGUACUGAUGAUGUGGUGCACUCAGAAUUGUCAAAGGUCUCUGAUAGUGGAGCAGGCAGAGAUAAUGAGGCCCAGGGCAUCGAGCGGUACGACAUAAGUGGGUCUUUGGGUCCUAGCCAAAGAAAGCUGGACCCAGACGAGGGUUCAAAUAUCUCCCAGACGAGUGCAGACAGCACAGAUAGGCUCAUGGUGGAUGAAUCUCCUAUGGAGUGCACGGGCACUGGCGAGGUUUCUCAGAGUCGGAGAAGUUCCAAAUCGUCGCGAGAGAGUGACGGCAGCCCCCACUGCUCCUCAGCCUCUGAGUUUCCUGUGUCAGGGCGUCAGGGACAUCGGUCACGCAGUCCCCGCUCAUACCCACAGACAAGUGCUGACAUUGGGUCUAGCACCCCAUCGGCAUCCAGUGUGCAGUACUCCCGACGUGAGAACGACACCGUGAGUGAAUCACAGGAGCCUCAGCCUCUGUUGUCAUCUCAAUACGAAACUUUGUCUGAUGAUGAACAGUCCUUGUGAGGGUGUUGCCUAAUACAUGUGAACUUUUUUUUGUCAUGUUUGGGCAUCAUUUUUUAUGCCCCCCUUCGAAGAAGAGGGGGUAUAUUGUUUUGCACAUGUCCGUCUGUUGGUCCGUCCACCAGAUGGUUUCCGGAUGAUAACUCAAGAACGCUUAGGCCUAGGAUCAUGAAACUUCAUAGGUACAUUGAUCAUGACUGGCAGAUGACCCCUAUUGAUUUUCAGGUCACUAGGUCAAAGGUCACAGUGAUAUAAAACGUAUUCACACAAUGGCUGCAACUACAACUGACAGCCCAUAUGGGGGGCAUGCAUGUUUUACAAACAGCCUGUGUUAUGGCUUUGUGUUCAGUCCACGUGUAGUUUGUAGAUAUUAGAGUAGAAAAUAGCAACUAUUUAACAGCAUUUGUGGGCAAUUAAAAUGAGAAUGUUCAUAUACAUACAUUUAUCAUGGUUAUGUAUUUUGCCUGAAUUCUUAUAUGAAAACAUGACAGCUUAAAAAUAUUACAAGCCGGCAAAUUAAAAAAGAGAAUCAUGGAAUUAACUAAUACAAGGCUAUAGUCUUGUGCUUUGUAUAUUUACUCAAGUUGACUUAUACACACACUUGUUGGAUUGAAACUUGAUAUUAAUUGAUUCAUUUUGCAUGUGUUAUUGUUGUAUAAUAUUGUUAUACUGAUAAUCAUGAAAAUAACUGUAAAUGACAGACUGCAGUAUCUCAGUCAGUGUUUUAGUAUAACAAAUAUGAGAAAAUAUCAUUUUGUUUUUUAUAGUGCUUUCUGUUGUAAACAUGGUAAUGAAAACAUAAACAUUAUGUCCCCCACUGUAGCAUGCUUUUAAGAUGUGUGGUUGUUGUCCGUUGUAAUCAUUUUCAUUUCUUAAACAGGUUUGUAUCAAUAGGUAUUGUUGGGAUAUAAGGAUCUGCUUAGGAAAUACAUUUGUUUUCAUGUUAUUCUGGUUGUUCACAGAUGUAAUGAUCCUUAUGUAAACAAUUAACAAGUUUUGUUCUGGUAAGAAUAUCUUUUUCAUUCAUUAAUUUCAUUUGCAGCUGUACUAAAUAAAAUUACAAGAUUCCAAUAACUGUUUAGUUGGGAAUUUUUAAUUUCAUGAUUGCCUUUGCAUGUUCAUUAUCAGUCUCAUUUUGGGCUCUGUAAAUCUAAGGAGACAAACAUAAGUACUUAUACGUUUUAUAUAAAGCAAAAUCAUUUAAAAUUUGAUUUACAUUUACUUCUACAUUGAAAGAAAUAUGAUUUAUUGUUAGCUCCUUAGAGCACAAUGUUCUUAUGUUAAGCUAUUUGGAUACCCUGAUGACCGUUAUCCAUCUGUGUGUGUCCCUCGGUCUGUCAAUAACUUUUUUAAAUGACUCACCAUCAUGAACCACUAGGCAGAGUUGUUCAUAACUUUUUCCUUGGGACGGCCUUCUAUUAAAAUUAUGUAAAUAGCUCUCGUUUGUUGAUUAAUAAGGUCAUGGGUCCAGAUUAAAAAAUUUAUUUAACCCCAUGGCCCAAUUAAAGGUUAACUAGUUGGUUUGUAACAUUGCAUCGUGGUCUUCUACAGAAAUGUUGCAGCAUCUCCAUUGGGUCAACAUUGGCCCUGCUAGAGGGAGAAUUUGUUUAAUGCCAGAGGUUUGGUAUUAGUUAUACAGCCUUGUAUAGUGGUCUUUUCUAAAGAUUGUUCUAAUCUCUACCAUGACCGAACUCAUUUGAUAGUGUGAAAUGUUUUAAAUUGACAUAGAAAAGCAACAUAUGUUUGAUUCUUGCGACUGUUGUCAUAAGUACAACCAAACAUAGGGUCUGAUGUAUUAGCUACACAUUCACAUUGAGCGUACAAGGAUCCUCAAGGUCUUCUUGUUAAUGAUAUUCUGUAGAGUUUUGGGUGAUACAUAUAAUUCUGAUCCUUAUAAUGUCUUGUUUUAUAAUAAGGUAUGAAAGAAUACUCUAUUUUGUUAAUGUUUUAAGGAUAUUAUUUCUGUAUUUGUACCAUUACAGUGAUAAUUAUAUGUGUACAGUGUAUAGUAAUAUUCUCAAUUGAUUUCCAUUCAAUAUCUAUGCCAGAAAGUGGCAUCUUUCGAGGUCUUUUAAUACAUUAUGUGUAUUAUAAUGAACAAGCAUAUAUGGUAUACCAAAUGAAAGUAUAUUUGUAGAUACUGAUAACUGAUCUAGCUUUUCAGUUUAAAAUCUGUUUUGUAUUAUGCUGUGAUAUUGUGCUUUGUGAGGUACAGUGAAAUAAACGUAAAGUGAAACAA